UGAGUGUUAUCAAGGAAAGAGAGAUAAGUCAGAUCUGGGCUAAGGGGCACUUGUGAGCCGGGCAGGCAAGGCAGGAAUAGGCACCAAGCACAGCGGGACACAGAGUAAUGAUCUCAUUGGGCAUCGUGAUGCUGCACAGGCGAUUCUGAAGGACAGCAAAGACAGGAGAUGUGCUCCUUGGGCAUUGCAGUUAGAGAGUGAAAGGCUUAACAUAUUUAACAAUGUGAGCUGUCACAGGAUUAAAAGUUAAACUAACUGGUAUGGACUAGAAGUAACUUAUAAAUGUAUAUGUGACAUGGAGCCUGGAUAGGUCCAGGAAGAGUUGUGGAGCAGGCAGAAACUGAGCUGGGCCUGCAAGAAUGGAGAGAGUUUGUGUCAAAUGUGGAAGAAAGGCUACUGCAUAUACAGGGCACAGGUGGAAGCUCCACUAGGUAAAGGGAGAAAUACUUGGAGGAGAGCUAGGACACUCAUGGGGUUACGUGUCAGGGCAAGUUCAUUAACGCUCAUGGAGAACACUGAGUACCAGGCUGAGUUGUCUGAACUUUGUGCUACAAACCUUUGAACAGAGAGAAAGCAAUAUCUGAGGAAAAACUAGAAGCAUGGGACACUUUGAAAAGCAGUAAUCCCUAAUAAGGAGACAGGGGUUUAGCUUUGGGGACAAGUAUGAGAUUGGAGGCAAUGGUCAGAUACAAGGAAUAUUGAGAAUGCUACACCUUUUCUUUCUUUUGUCCUCCUAAUUCUCGAGACUUUCCCCCUCCUCCCUUCUGUCCUCCAAGUUCUGUUCUUCCUGUAUUGCUAUGGGUUACCAAUUUCUGCUGACCUAGAGCUCUCACCAGUUCCUCUUAUCCCUUUAACAGGCUCUUGCUCAGCCCCUGCCUCUGGACCAGGCAGAGCGGAAGGAAGCAUUUUCCAGGAAACAAUGACUAGGGACCGAAAGGGGAAGACCUUUCUCCCACACAGUCUCCAUCAGCCACUGCCCCCACGGCUGGGAUGGGGCAUGGUUUUCUCCUCCAUAAAACCAACCAACAAGGAGUGCACCUCUGUCUCCAACCUGCCACCAGUCUUUCGCUUCAGCCCACAGCACUGUGCACACCUCAAGAACCAAUAUUUGAAAAAAGCCGCUUCAAACCUUACCUUCUCUCAGGAGGUGGUGUGGCAGCGAGGGCUACCCAGCAUUCCUUACAGCCAGUACAGCUUUGACCACCUCUACAACACAGACCACAUCAUCCAACCCCCCCACAUCAGGAAGCCCCGACCUAAGAAGCCUGUCAGCUUCAAGCCCUUGGAUUCUUCAGGUCCCUCAGCAAGAGUCACCUCCCAGGCUGUGAAAACAAAAAGCUCUAACAAUCUUAAGAAAAAGCUAAAGAAAUCGAAGCCAGCAAGCGCAGACCCAGAAACAUCUUGCCCUGUCAUUCAUCCCUGCAGGGACUCAGACAGGGUCAGUCUGUUGCCUUCUCUAGGUGUGAACCUGGAGGAGAGGGAAGCCUGGCUUCCACCCCAUGAGAAGGAGAUCAGAGCCUGGGAGGCCAUCGUGCUGGGAAAGCUGAACAAGCGCACUGCCCGAUGGAUCGAGAACAAGCGUCCUUUGAGGCCUGGGGUGUCCCCCAACAAGUGGCAGAGCUUCUUGCGCCAGCAAUAUGACUGGAGCCACAUCCGAGAUGAGCUCACCUCUUCCAGUGACCUGGAGCUCUUGAAACAACUGGAAGAAGAAGAGACAGCGGAUUUUGAGGGUCGAAGUAUCAUCCUGCCCACCCAGGAAAGAAAGGAGUCGGAGCUGAUGCUUUCUGUUUAUUACAGAUUGCCCGAGUACUUACCACAACGGCAGAAAGUUGAAACUACAGCUGGCCACAAUAAGACUGCGGAGGAUAUCAAUGAAGAGAGGUGCAUCCGGCAGCCCCCAGACCAGAGCUGCUUCCGGCAGGUGAAUCCUCGGGCUGGAAAGUUUGCUUACUCCACCGACAACACCUUCGAACAGGAUAUUUACUUUGAUAAAGUCCAGGUCGUCCACCAGAUUGGUGCAAAGAGAGACCAAAUUUUCCUGGAAAAUCGCAACCGGUACAAUAAGCAGCUACUUAAGGUCUUCCCCGAAAGCCCAGAAAGGUGGACUUUCCAGCCAGUUCCUGAAGCACCUUGCAGGCCCGUGAAAGGAGCCCUGUGCUGGACGGCUUUGCCCACCCCGGUCGAGGAUCUGCUGUUGCCUGGGGGUGAAGAGGACAUAUCCACUAAGACCAGGAAACUGAAGACACAGGCAGAAUUGCCGGAGGAGGAUGGGACUUGGAAACUGGCGGUUCUGCAGAGGAUGCUGAAGGAAUGGAAGAUUGCCUGGGCCCUUGUCGUCGAGUGGCGCCACAAGACAGUAGAGGGUCUGCUGCAGAGUUUGGUGGACAGGAAUAACAAUGCUCGGAUCCAAGCUAUCGUCACAUGUGCCACAGCUGCUUUGGAACGGCCCCGGACUGCCAUCGGCCAGGGGUGCCCAGACAAGGAGGAGACUAUGAAAGCCCCAUUGGUCCAGGACUUACCAGAGGUCCUCAAGUCCGCUUUGGAGGCUGCUCUUCAUGACAAGAAUGUCUACGUGCAGAUGGCAGCAGCGAUAUGCCAAUAUGCCAUGGAGUCACAUAACCCCCUUGCCCAGGACAUCAUGCAGACUGCCCUUUUGAAGGGCAAUACCGUGGACAGCUGGGCUGCAGCUCAGUGCUUGGCUCUGGAGGGUGCUGCCACUUACCCCGUGAUUAAGAGGAUCCUCCAUCAGCUGUUUUACAAGAAGAAUGAGGACACUGAGCACCAGGCAUACAUGCUCCUGAGCCAUCUCAGUGGGAAGUCGAGCCUGAUACACACCAUACUUGCUGUGGAGCUGAACAGCCGUCAGUGGAAGGACAGGAUUGUGGCCUGCCGGGCUCUCUCUCGGAUCAGUGGAACUGUCUGUUUGGAUAUAAAGCAUAAGUUGAUCCAGCUGAUGUGGAAUGACUGGCAUAAGGAAGUAAGACAAGCAGCUGCCAAAGCUCUGGGGCAAAUGAGUCUUGGGAAAGAGGUGCAUGACACAAUCAGAGUCAAGCUGUGUCAAGGAAAUUCCAAAGAGCGUGUGGAAGCCCUGUCCCUGAUUGGUGGGCUCAAGCUCAUGACCGCCAAGCUUCUCCCAAGCUUCCUAAACUGCUUCUCCGAUGACUUCAUGGCAGUUCGGCGGGCAGCCUGUUUAGCAGCAGGUGCCCUGCAGAUCCGUAAUGCAAUGGUCCUUAGAUGCCUCCUGAAUCUGAUACAGAAAGAUCCUUACUGGAAAGUCAAGGCCUUUGCCAUUCGCGCUUUGGGACAGAUUGGCCAAGUGAAUCCCCAGUUGACAGACCUCCUGCUCUGGGCCAUACACUAUGAAUCGUCACCAGGUGUUCGACUAGAAGCUUGCCGUAGUAUCUUAGCCCUCAAACUUCAAGGGGACCGGGUCAAGGACACCUUCCUAGAUGUGCUGCUCCUAGAAAACCACGAUGCUGUUCUAAAGGAAGUUCACCAGGCAAUGAAGAUAUUCAACUUAGAAAAUGAGGGGGACAGAGAACUGCUUCAGGAGAUCAAGAACAGGAUUCAAACACUAAACCAAAAGGACUUGCUGAUGCAGAAAAUAUUCAAGAUUGAGGCGGCCAUAAAAAAAGUGAAGGCAGAAGCAAAACAUAUUUACUUUCAACCCAAAGAGGGACAAAAACCACUGACACUCCAUACUUUUCUUCAAGAAGCUUUUCAUGGUAGGUUUUCUAGGAGUGAGUCCUACGAUUUUAACAAGACUUUUCCGGGUUCUGGACGUUUUGGGACUUAGUUGUGAGCCCUAUAGGAUAAGAGCCUGAAAAAGUUACCUCCUUUCCUUCUUGGGCAUCUUCUCAGUCCUUCUGUUAUUUUUUUCCUACCUCGACACCCAGCUUCUAUUUGCCUAUUUUAUUCCUUUAAAAAAAUGAAAAAAAAAAAAAUGAAUGAGGGAGCUCUACUUGAACUGAUCUGAAAAUUAGG